AUGCCGAGGAUUUCCCCUCCUGGCAUGGGUAGGGAGAUGUGCGACAGUGACACUGUCAGUGGGGUGCCCCAACUGGUAGUGGAGCAGCCUCGUGAUGCUGCCGCAGCUACUCAGCCUCCCCACGUCGCCCUCACCUUGUCAAACGCUCUUGUGCAGUUCCUGUCGCCUCUGCAGCUUCAGGGUUACGCUUCACGGCUUAUCGAGUCCUGUGGCAUGCUCCACAUUGACGAUCUCGCUGCGCGAGUGACGUGCGAGGACGACGUUGAAAAGCUUCUCGGAGCGCAGGCCUCCUUGCAGCACCGACAAGAACUGUGGAAGGGCAUAUGCAAAUGGAAACGGCCUACGGCAAAGCGUGGACGCGAGCAGGCUAGGAAGUGUGAAAACAAGAAGAAAGUAGCGGCGUCUGGGACUGGUGUCGAUAAUGCUAUUACAAGUGCUCCUGCUCCUGUUGUUGCGUCGGAGGGGCCCCGCAUCACAUCAAACAAACGAUUUGGUGACCUCGACGUAUGCACACCUUCUCAAUUCAUGCGACAGUUUGCUUUCCAGGGGUACAGGAGUGAUGAAACCGCCGUGGAAAAGCCGCAGUCCGCGCACAUGUGCAAUAACAGCCCCGCCACCGUAGAAGAAAUAGUGGCUUUUUCGCCGAGUGACCGCGGCCCUGAUGACGAGACGGAAGUGGCUGAACACAACAAUGCCAUGCCUCGUCGAUCAGAGUCGUGGGCCUCUUCGUUGAGUCCUUUUUGCAGUUCGUACCAGUAUCCUGAGAAGCGUUGUCGCCGUGAGCAAAUGCCUCUGGCCUCCCUGUCAGUGGGGCCAGGUAAGGACUUAAUGGGCGAGGAUGAGCUAGCAGGCGUGUGGGGGCUCCAUUCUGUGGAUGUGGUGCCGUCGGAGAAUUCGAUUCCUUCAGUCAUGACACCGCCGCAAGCAGAAAUCAGCACACUCCCUAGCGAAACGAUUUGGCAGUGCCUUGCGGAGCACAAAAAGCUUCGUGAAGAUAUGCUUUUAUCUGUAGAACAGGCUGUUGCAGCUUACAAUGAGGGACUUCAAUUGUUACAGCAACGGGUCCGCACCACACUUGGGGGGACAACCGAUAAGUUGUGCAUAACUCAAGAUGCGACUACUCUUCAGGUGGCGCUGGAGCUUUGGAAAGAGCCACAAGUGAAAGUUGACGUUCGCCCCGUUGAGCCGUGUGAGGCGGGAAUUUCUGCUGAGUGUGGUGAACCUGUUGAUAGGUGUGGGGACGAAGGCCACUUUAGUGUGAGCACGAUGCGUAGCGUGCCUCAGUUUCAUGCCAACAUCAGACUGUCCGAGUGUCCUCGGGAUAGCGAGGCUCUCCGCGAAAGCAUUCGCCCGUCCUUGUUGGCGAACACAACGAUUAUCUCUCCUCCCUCAGGCAACAUUGGUGAGGGAGCGGUGCCGAGCCUCAGUGAUUUGACGACACCGAAUGGAGGAAGCCGCAGGAAUACGGAUGUGCAGGCGCUAGAGGACUAUGCAAGGGUGCAAAGCACAACACCGCGUGACGCCCAGGACGUGGUGUCACGUCUCAGCGAAAACAAUGGGUGCCUCGAUUUUCUCGCAGGUCUAAUACCCGAGGCGGAAAAUGUAGUGACACUUCCAGUGUCUCAGGGGGAUAGAGAGACGGUUGAACCUCCUCCAGUCGCUGAAGGUGGAAACGGUAACGGCGAACAGUCGUUUUACAGGACUGAGGCGACUACACACACUACUAAUAAUUCUGAUUCCGAUGAUGAUGAUGAAGAAGUAGACACUAAUGUUGUCAGGCCUUUUGAAGCGCUAUCGCCCCGACACGUAGGCUCAAAAAGCCCCGCAGAGGAAGAUGACGCCGAGACAAUCUCUCUGAACUGGCGCCCCACGUUUGGUGGGGAGGUGUUUGUCGGUGACGGGAAACCCCGAACUGUUGUGGAUAGUCAGGUUAUUGACGUUGAUGCGCUCUCCUCUACACGUAGUGGUGAAGAAGAGAUGCGUUCGCUGCUGCGUGAUGAUGAUAGUGUUGACCUUUUUGGCAACGCUGAUGAUGGUGGUAUUGCUCUGGGUGACUCUUCCAACUUCUUGAGAACGCACAGCAGUCCUAUGGCGAUGGACGCCUUAUUCUCUCAGGAGGAGCAUCUCCGUGUGUGCACGCAGCCUGUGCGCCAGCGGCAGCGGGCGGUGUCACGGAACUCCUCCAUGUCAUUCACGGAGGAGUUUAGUGGUGAUGCCAACAGAGAGUGCCCUUCCACAGCUGCACGCAGUCGUGCCACAGCACUGGAUUGGACGGAGGCCAGUAGCAUACUUACUGACGUCCAGCAUUUGAUUUCAAGACUCCAGCCGAAUGAGGACCAAGCAGACGACAUCGAUGUUGGAGAGAAGAACCUAGACGAACGUGACAUGACGAGGAUGGUGACAAGGAGGACAAUGGCAACUAUUUCACCCCAGCGACCAGCAGCUCCUCGAGGCUUACCACCGCUGCCGGUGAAGAAUACAGUGAGUGCAACUCUGCACAACUUUAGCAACGAAGUGAAUACGUCUGUCGAACAGCUGACACCACAAAUAGUCAUGGCUAUGAGUUAUGAAGAGUUGCGAAAGUGGUGUAUGCAACUUGGCCUGAAUAUUUACAACUCGGCAGCAUACAGGGAAUAUGAAGAGGAGCGGCAGACUCGUGAAGUUGAUUGUUCUAUGCGUGCUCGUUCAGAAGACGGAAACAAGGAGCGUAAUGCAAGUACGCAUGAGGAAAACAGUAACGGCUGGUGGAUGGGCGAUGGUGGUAGUUGUGGUGCUGGUGACGCCUUUAUUGUGUGUGAAGGUGACACUGACGAGGAGGGAGAAACAAUGGAUGAACGGUCAAGGAGGCAAUUUUACGGGGAAUAUCAUUCCUCACUCUCGCCCCACCGACCGGGGAAUGAGGAACAAAGCAGUGUAUCAGCACUGCUACCACCUCCAGAAGGUGACGACUUGGAGUGGCGCGAUCUUAGACGCUCUGCAUUGACAGAACAUAUGCGUGAGGCGCUCCGACUCUUCCUUGCUCGCCGCAAAUUUAUGCAUGAGGUCGUGCCGGCUUUCUUCCACCGGCUGCCGCGCUUCUCUGGUGGGCCGCCGUACGAACGGGUGCGGGCAGCAGACUUGGUCAAGACACAACUUGCCUUGACGCGCCAGCAGCUGGAGGAACACCGGCGCUUGGCGAAGGCAGAGGAAGCGGAGGAAGUGGUGCGCUGUGUCAUCACUAGCUUGGCCGGCGAGACAGCAGAAAGCAUAGAGCGGCAGGCAGUGUCCGCCAUGAAUACAGAUGGGAAUGAUAGGCCCAGGAGCGAAUUAUUCUCCACAUCGAUGCAAAGUAAUUCGUCGCUCACGACACGCAACGCAGUGCACCCUGGUCUUACCGUCUAUGAACAACUGUUGCUGAUGGAACCCACGGAUGUUCAGGCGGCAGCAAGUGUCGUACAGGCGGACUUUCCUCAUGUGUCCCGUCACCGCGUAGAGACUCUCCUAGAGGAGAGUGGUAUUCCACUCGAUGCGACGCGUCGUGUGUGCCUCAGCCAGGGUGCUGGUAACGAGAAUUUGAGUGUGACUCAACGCUCAGCGUCAUCGUGCUCACCUCCCCCCAGUCAAACGGCACACACAGGGCAGAUGGAGCAGUCAGAGCAUCCCAAACAGAGUAAGAGACGGUUCUUUGCACAGCGUGGAUGGCUACGGCGCGAGAGGGGACGGUAG